AUGGAACCGUCACUGGGCAGGGUCGAGCUGCCCGCUCCGUUCGAAGAUGUGGACGUAGAUCACCUCGUCCUUCUCAUCGCCGACAUGUUCGAGCGUUUGAUGAAGCACAAUGACCAGAUCCCGCUGUCUCCGGAGAGCCUCACGCGAUUUCACUCGAGAUCACCGCCGAACAUCUCCAUUCUCGACUAUUUACGGCGUAUCGUCAAGUUCACUAAUGUUGAACGUGCGUGCCUGUUGCUCGUCCUGCGCUACAUCGAUCAGAUCGCCGCCCGCAACCCGUUAUUCACCCUGUCGUCACUUACUUGCCACCGCUUCGUGAUCACGUCCAUCGCCAUCUCCAGCAAAUGCUUCUGCGAUGCCUUCUGCACCAACUCGCACUACGCCAAAGUCGGUGGUAUCUCUGUUGCCGAGCUCAACCUGCUCGAGCGUGAAUUCUUGCAAGCCACGCGCUGGCACCUCCUGUGCACGCGCGAUAUCCUCCAGGAUUACUACGUCAACCUCGUGCGCACCCACAGCAGUGGCAUCUACAUCAUCUCGGGCGAUCCGACGGCUGGGAGCAGUAGCAGCACCGCCCUAUCAGAGUCCUCCUCGUCCGACAGCAGCGACGUGGACAUGGACACGGGACCCUCGCGCUCGGUUUCGCCUACCAGCACCACCCGAACCGAAACACCCCACGCGCCGAUGGAUAUCGCGGUCCCGUCGGGCCACGGUCGCCGACAUGACGUUCCCCAAGACGCCCCACGCGGUCCCACGAUUGAGCAGAACGUCGCGUUCCAAACGUGGAGGGGGGACGGUUCUUGAAUUUGGCGUGCAGUGUAAUUCCACCGUAUCUCGCGGGAGAACACCGACCCAUCUCGCGGUUGAUCUCGCAAGUCGGGACUUUUCCUCUCACUCUCAUAACACCAAUGUAAAUGCAUCUCUAUAUAUCAAUGAUCC